GCAGGGAUCGGGAGCUGCUCGCCCUGCGCCGCUGCAGCCAUUCCCAGCUGGGACCGAGCGCGUCGCGUAUUGCAAGCCCACGGUGCUACCCUUGCGGCUCCGCGUGAACCUGCGGGGAAGGCCGGCCGGGGAGGAAGACGAGGGCUGGCGGAUCGGAGGGGAGGAGGCGCAGGGCGGCAGCAGCAGCCAUGCUGCCCGGGGUGGGUGUGUUCGGCACCAGCCUGACCGCCCGGGUCAUCAUCCCGCUGCUGAAGGACGAGGGCUUCGCCGUUAAGGCGCUGUGGGGCCGCACGCCGGAGGAGGCGGAGGAGCUGGCCAAGGAGAUGAGCGUCCCCUUCUACACCAGCCGCAUCGACGACGUCUUGCUCCACCAGGACGUGGACCUGGUCUGCAUCAACCUGCCGCCGCCACUGACCAAGCAGAUCGCUGUCAAAACCCUGGGGAUUGGAAAGAAUGUCAUCUGUGACCGAACAGCCACACCUCUUGAUGCCUUUAGGAUGAUGUCUGCUGCCCAUUACUACCCCAAGCUCAUGAGCAUCAUGGGCAAUGUUCUCCGUUUCCUGCCUGCCUUUGUGAAGAUGAAGCAGCUGAUCCAAGAAGGCUACGUUGGAGAGCUGCUUGUGUGCGAGGUGCAGGUCCACAGUGGCAGCCUGCUGGGGAAGAAAUACAACUGGAGCUGUGACGACUUGAUGGGAGGUGGAGGUUUGCACUCUGUUGGUACUUACAUCAUUGACCUCCUGACCUUCCUCACCAGCCAGAAGGCAGUGAAGGUACAUGGGUUGCUGAAGACUUUUGUGAAACAGACGGACCACAUCAAGGGGAUACGGCAAAUUACGAGUGACGACUUCUGUACAUUUCAGAUGGUCCUGGAAGGUGGAGUGUGUUGUACUGUGACUCUCAACUUCAACAUCCCUGGGGAAUUCAAACAGGAUAUUAUUGUAGUAGGUUCCAGUGGGCGGCUGAUUGUAGUAGGAACUGACUUGUACGGACAAAGCAAUAGCUCGUCGCAGAAGGAGCUCCUUCUAAAGGAUUCCACACCAGUCAGCAACUCCUUACUACCUGAAAAGGCCUUCAGCGAUAUCCCAUCCCCUUACCUCCGAGGAACGAUAAAGAUGGUGCAGGCUGUCCGGCAGGCGUUUGAGGAUCAGGAUGACAGAAGAACCUGGGACGGUCGGCCACUCACAAUGGCUGCCACUUUCGAUGACUGCCUCUAUGCUUUGUGUGUGGUGGACACCAUUAAAAAGUCAAACCAGCUGGGUGAAUGGCAGAAUAUCGUAAUUAUGACUGAGGAACCAGAAUUAAGCCCUGCGUACUUGAUCAGUGAAGCUAUGCGCAGGAGCAGAAUGUCUCUGUACUGCUAGCUGCUUGUCACAUCUUUGGGGGUGGGGGGGAAGAGAGUCCAUGCAGUUCUUUCUUAACAGAAAAGAUACCUUGAACAUCAUGCCUUGGACAAAGGAGGCAAUCUGUGGAAUAAAUCCUUGAUAUGUAAGCCACAUUGCCUAGUCGGUGCUGAGAUAGUAGCUGCUUUUACAGGGCUUUUGAAAUCCCUGCACCAGAUAAAACAAAGACUUAUUCGGGAGCUUGAUAAAAGAGAAUCUGGCAUUAAGUGUUUACAAAGUAGCGUUAUAGGAGGGUGAAGUGGAAUCAAUGUAUAACGUGCAGGUGCAUAGCUGAUUGAUUUGUGUUUACUUUAGGGGGAAAAAUGUCCAGUUGGGGUUUUCCUUGCCAACCAGCAGGCAGUGAAGAUGCAGAAAUGUCAUAAAGUCCCUUGUGGUGGGCGAAAUGGCUGGCUUUUGACACAAAUGCUUUUGUAGCAGCUCCACUGAUAAGAGUAAGCUAAUGUAUUACUGUUACAUUCAGUAACUCCAUCCAUCUGCAUCAGUUAAUAGACAUAAGAGUACUUGGCCUGAAUGCAUUACCUAAAAAAAAUUGGCAGCUUGGUUUGUUGCAUAUAACUAACAUGGAAGGUCUUUGUUGUUUGGGGAUAUUUUUCCUUUCUUUUUCUGCAACAUGAAUUGAAAAGAAAGCAGUAUGGUUUUAAAAACAAGCUGCUCUAAAACAGUGGUGUGUUUCACAUAGGCUGCACUCAAACAUCACAGUAGACUGUGGUUUGAUCCAACCCCAGUUAGUUGUGACGUUUGAGCACAUGGAACUGCUUUACACUUUUUAAUUCGGUCCCCUUUAGCAGGAGGUCUCUCUUCUGGAUUAACAAUACUGAUCCAGACUAGUGGUCUAUCACUGUACUAACUGGUAGUAUUGUCUGUACUAACUGGUAGCUCUCAAAGGUCUCAAGUGGAGAUUUUUCAUACUACCUGAUUAUUUCAACUAGAGAUGCUGGGGAUUGAACCUGGGACCUUCUGCAUGCAAAACAGGUGCUCUUCCACCAAGCCAAGGCCCCACUUCAAGCAGAUGGCCCAAGAAACUGGGGUUUGUUGUUAGGAACAAAAGUAGGAUUUCAAAUUAAGGCUUGUAGCUGGUUUGUUACCUACAAUAGGUACUAACUGUGGUUUGUUGUGACAUCUGAAUUCACACAUCACAAUCUGUGAUGUGCUGCCAGGGUAAUAUAGGGAAAAUGCACUCCCCACUGGGAUAAAGGAAGAAGCAGACGAACUAAGGUUUACACGUAAACCAAGAUUUGUUAUUUAUUGGUAGACUAACCAGAGUUUAUUACAUAAACUACAGUUGGAACAAACCAAAGUUUAUUGUGCCCUCAAAAUGCACGCAUUGGUUCUCAUGCCAGGUUUCACUACUAAACACAGAAAUCUGUCGACAAUAAGGAAUGUACGAAAAUUGCCCGCAGUGGAGGUCACUUAGAGUUCUGAAUGUGCUCUGAUUUUUGGCAAAUUUCAGAUGGAUAGCCCAAUUAGCCAACUGUAGCAAAACUAACAAUCAGUCCCGGAACAGAUUAAAUGCUAGCAAUUUUACGGUGGCACAAACUUGUAUGAAACUUGGGGCCCGCUUUGUCAGACACGUGAAAUAAUCCAUCUGACAAAUUGAAACAAUCCAUCCACAAAAACACAUGGUAUAAUAAUUAUGUUUGUUUUUAAGGUGCCAUGGGAUUCUUUGUUAUUUAUGCUGUUGGUGUUUGUCUCUAACCCCAGAUUAAGGUGUGAUUCAACAAAGCAUAGGUUUCAAAGAAAUUGUAACAUUGUUUUAGGUGGGAAUUGUAUAAAAGGAAGCUUGAUUUGGCCAAAAGAAGCUAAGAGGUUAAGAAUGUGCCACCACCUUCCCCCAGACUGACAUCAGUCUCUUUUCAUAUGAGUGAUCUCUGUAUCAUGUCAGGAGAUUCAUGCAACCGUGCUGUGAUAACAUCAAAGCCAUAAUCCCUGUUCUCUUAAUAACAAUUGAAGGGCCUGUGAGUUAUGCUGUUGAACCCAGAGAGAGAUUCUCAUGCAUCCUCAAGCCCAGGAGAAGAUACCAGAUUAUAAAAGUUAGUUGAGCAGUAAAAGAAAGCUAUCUACUAUUGUUAAAAGAAGCACACUUCAUAUUACUGAAUAUUACUGGAUUUCUGAUGCUGGAGGAUUUAGAUUUUUUACUGCUUGAGUUGAAGUGGAUCCAGUUUUCAAAUGCUUGGCUUACAGCUAAAGCUGCAUAGCUAGAAUUAGAGAUUUCUGUGUAGCCACUGAAGACAGGGCACAUCUGCUUCCAAGCUAAGCUGUGGUUAAAUCAUAUUAAUUACUGAUUAAUCAGAAAUUAAUUAGAAAUAGAAUUGCCAGGUUGCAGUCUUAAAAAAUCUUCCAGUCUCUUUGACAGCUCUGCAACUGCAAAGGGGGAAAGAGCAAUCCAUGUCUUUGUUUUGCACCCACCUCUAAUUCCUUUGUCUAUCUCUAGGCCUCACGUGGUGUAACAUGUAGGACAUAUUUUCAGCACAGCAAGUAGAGGGAACAGUAAAGUAUUCUGGGUUUCCACCUACCAUCUUAGUGCAAUGUGGUGACUUUCCUGACAAUUCUCUGUUAAGAGAUUCCUUCCCUCCUCAUAAAAUGACAAUUCUCAACAAUCCAGGAAAAGAAAAAAGUUGAGAGUUAAAUUGGUUUAAAUUUAUAAUGUUGAUACGACCUUAAACCCUGUUGCCUUGUGUUAUGUCAGUCAUCACUGAUCUGUAUACAAGAUUAAUCAAAUGUGGUCUGAUGCCAAAGAUGCAGAAAGAGGUUAAUUAAGAGCCCAGUUAUGUUUUAUGGAUGCAGCCUGUGCCAGGACCAUAUGGGACACACAGACUUCCACUUUUUUUCAGGAGGAGCCAGAUGGAGAGCUGGGUGAACAAGGACUUUGAUUGGAAAAUACUUGACAUUUCUUAGAUCUCCUGUUGAACACACAAUUCGUACCUCCAUUGAGGUACAAGUAAAGAAUUCUGUACUUGGCUGUACCAGUUUGGGUGUUACAUUCUUGUCUUAUAGUAAAGAGUCCAGUAGCACCUUU